AUGCUGAUUGUGAAUUGCUUGUCGCUGCUUCUUUGGAUCCUGUUUGAUGAGGGUCUUUUAACACCUCUGCAAUCGCUGUCACCAAGGACUUCAGGACGCAUAGACAGUGACCAAAUAAUUGAUCUGUCAGGAGAUGGAGCUCCUAUGCUCCAACGUGUUAGACGUGGCUGGAUCUGGAACCAGUUCUUUGUGCUGGAAGAAUAUAUGGGGUCAGAACCCCAAUAUGUGGGAAAGUUGCAUUCUGACUUGGAUAAUGGUGAUGGUGCUGUAAAGUACACCCUCUUGGGUCAAGGAGCUGGCACCAUUUUCACCAUUGAUGAGAUAACAGGAGAUAUUCAUGCUAUCAGGAGCCUGAACCGUGAAGAAAAGUCUUACUAUGUUCUAAGUGCACAGGCUGUGGACACAGAGACAAGUAAACCUCUGGAGCCUCAAUCUGAGUUCAUCAUCAAGGUUCAGGAUAUUAAUGAUAAUGAGCCAAAGUUUCUCGAUGGACCCUAUACUGCCAGUGUUCCUGAAAUGUCUCCAGCAGGUGCCUUUGUGAGACAGGUGACAGCCACAGAUGCUGAUGACCCCACAUAUGGAAACAGUGCCAGAGUGGUGUACAGUAUCCUGCAUGGACAGCCCUACUUCUCUGUGGAUCCCAAAACAGGUGUCAUCCGCACAGCUCUAUCAAACAUGGACAGAGAAGUAAAGGAGGAUUAUGAAGUGCUCAUUCAGGCCAAAGACAUGGGAGGGCAGAUGGGAGGAUUAGCAGGGACAACGACCGUAAAUAUUACCCUCACUGAUGUCAAUGAUAAUCCACCAAGAUUUUAUAAGAAUAUCUUCCACCUGAAGGUUCCUGAAUCCUCCCCAGUGGGAUCAGCUAUCGGCAGAAUAAAAGCCAAUGACGCUGAUAUUGGGAAGAAUGCUGAGAUAGACUACAGCAUCGUUCCUGGAGAUGGAUUGAACGUGUUUGACAUUACCUCUGACAAGAGCACGCAAGAAGGAGUUAUACAUUUGAAAAAGCCUCUGGACUAUGAAAAUAAAAAGUCAUACAUAUUCAAAGUUGAUGCUGUGGAUCCACACCCUGAUCAUCGCUUCCAGUCCAUGGGUCCUUUCAAAGACACAGCAACAGUGAAGAUCACUGUUGUUGAUGUGGAUGAACCACCAGUGUUCAGCAGAGCCUUUUACAUCAUGGAUGUGUAUGAAGAUACCAAUGUGGGCAGCAUUAUAGGUGCGGUUACAGCACAGGAUUCUGAUGUCAGCAACAGUCCUGUCAGGUAUUCAAUUGACCGAAGCACUGACCAAGAAAAGUACUUUACUAUCGAUGACGUUGAAGGCACAAUUGCUACAAAUGAAAUUCUGGACAGAGAGGAUGUUUCUCAGUACAGCAUCUCUGUUAUAGCACAGAAACUCAGCAACCCUGACCUAAUUAGCAGAGUCAAUGUGACCAUUCAAGUUUUAGAUGUGAAUGAAUAUGCACCUGAAUUAGCAGUACCUUAUGAGAACCUGAUGUGUGAAAAUGCCAAGAAUGGCCAGAUAAUUGGGUCUAUCGGUGCUGAAGACAAAGAUAAACCACUCACUGAGCAGCAGUUUCACUUCAAGCUGUCACCCGAGAGUGCCACAAACCCAAACUUCACACUCCACGACAAUGGCAACAACACAGCUGGCAUUGUAACCAAGAGGAAUGGCUUCAGUCGCAGGCAGCAGGAAUUCUAUUUUCUUCCUAUUGUGAUCUCGGACAGUGGCUAUCCAGUACAAAGCAGCACAAAUACACUGACCAUCCGGGUGUGUAGAUGUGACGUGGAUGGCACUAUCCUGUCCUGUAAUGUAGAAGCAAUCUUCCUACCAGUGGGUUUGAGCACAGAGGCACUGAUAGCAAUCCUGCUUUGCAUCAUUAUACUACUUGUGAUUGUGGUGCUCUUUGUGGCACUGCGAAGGCAGAGGAAGAAAGAGAUUUGCAUGACCUCUAAGGAAGAUAUCAGGGACAACGUGAUCAGUUAUGAUGAUGAAGGAGGAGGAGAGGAGGACACACAAGCCUUUGACAUUAGCACACUGAGGAAACCAGAUGUGAUGGAAGAUGCUCAAUUGCGUAGGGAUGUAAAACCAGAGAAGCUCCAUCCGCAACUUCGAACCAUUGUUAUACAGAACAACACAGAUAUCAGAGAUUUCAUUAACCAGAGGUUGCAAGAGAAUGAUGCAGAUCCCAGUGCACCUCCUUAUGAUUCCCUAGUGACAUAUGCCUAUGAAGGAAAUGGUUCCACAGUUGAGUCACUUAGUUCCUUAGAAUCAGUUACUUCAGAGACUGAGCAGGAAUAUGAUUACCUCAGUGACUGGGGACCUCGGUUCAAAAAGCUGGCAGACCUUUAUGGAACCGAAGAAACUAAUAACCCACAAAAUACCACCAAGCAACUGUCAUUUUAAGAGCUGGUAGAUCUAAGAACAUGCCAAGUUUCAUCUUUUCUAUGGCUGCCAUUGUUACUUGCUAUGUCAACUAUUAUUUUACUGUGAAAUAGUUUUAUUAGGUGCUGCAAAGAAUACAGCUUGUAAGAUUGAUGUGACAUUGUGAAAUUGGAGAGAGGCAGACUAGUGCAGUUGUAAUAAGAUUCAUGCAAUUGUAACGGA